CUGGCCCGUAAUCUUUGGUCAACUGGUCACGUUGGGAACACAAUACUCCGGAGAAGAAGAAGCUCCACACGACCACACCAUCCUCAGGCUCUGUAUCUCGCCUUUCCCGUCCCGAAGAACACGCCAAGCAGGAGCACCGAAUCAAUCGACCGAGGAAGCAAGAUCUGAAAUGCUACCAGCCCCAGCGAUUCCGCUGCCGGACAGCGGGGCCCCACCAGCGCCGCUGCCGGUGGCGGGGCAUCAGUUCUGCGCGCCGUACGUGGUGCCGCUCACGGUCACCAAGAAGGCCCUCAGCAUCUCCGACGGCGACUUCGUCAUCACCGACGCCAAUGGCGCCGUCGUGCUCACGGUCAAGGGAUCCAUUUUCAGCAUCCAUAACCGCCGCGUCCUCCUCGAUGCCGCUGGCCUGCCCCUCCUCUGCAUGCAAGAGAAGGUAUUCAGUAUGCACCACCGGUGGGAAGUGUUCAGAGGGGACAGCACAAACACAGGCGAUCUGCUCUUUAGUGUGAAGAAAUCUUCGAUGAUCCAAUUCAAGACAGAGAUGGAUGUCUUCUUGGCUGGAAACACCGCACAACAGGUCUGUGAUUUCAAGAUCAAGGGCAGCUACCUUGAUAGGUCCUGCGCCUUCUAUCUUGGCAACUCUGCUGCAAUGGUAGCUCAAAUGAACCGUAAAAUGACUGUUUCUAGUGUGCUGCUCGACAAGGACACAUUUGCUGUUACUGUGUUCCCGCAUGUCGACUACGUGUUUAUCGCGGCUCUUGUUGUGAUCCUGGACGACGUUCACAGGGACAAAAACGAUUGAUGAAGUUUCGCCGCUAUCAUGUUGAUGUUGUUUUUCACUUAUUAUUUUUCGAGAACCCGCUGCGUGCCAUUAUAUUAAGCUUUCAAGAGUUUAUGUUACAGAAAGCGGAACAAACAACCGAAAAUAAAACACCACUUGAGUCGGCACAGGUACAUGGAGAGGGCUAAGAUCUCUUUCAAACUUCCAGUUCUACACGCUACCCAUGACAGCCACUCAAUGUCGAUGAUCUCUAGGAGCGAGUGGGCUGGGAUCAGAUUGCCAUCGAAAACGCGCGAGUUCCGUUGGAGCAAUAGGGAUCUCAUGAUCAACAAAGCGCAGGAAUUGAAAGCCUUGCGUGCUGAGGGAGCCUUCCGGCCGAAUUGUCACGACUAUUGUCACACCGUAGUGUCAGGUGGUGCCACCUAGGGUGUGUGGUAUACAGUGGCACUUGAGUUGUGCGUGUACCCUGGGCGUUGGCCAGCUGGUGUGAGCCGCUGCGUGUUAUAAGCAGCUAAUCCUGUAAUAGACAAACUAAGUUGGAAAGAAUAGAAGAAAACGGAGACGUCUCUCUCCUUCUAUCUCA